AUGGCGGCCGCAUUCCGUCCAGUGAAUUCGCCGCUGGCAAACCCCGUCUCGCGCGAAGACGUCAUGGCUUCGUCGCCCGCUACCCCUCGACCCAACACAGCGCCUCACACGCAUCCCUCAAGACCUAUCGACGAUGUUGCGACUCCGACCCGAGCGACGUUCAAUGUUUCCAUGGCUAGUCAGAAGCCGCUCCCCUCCAGCCCGUUCCCGCAGAGCGUGCAGGUACCCGACACAGCACCUAAACCGAGGAUGCCUAGGCGUCACAACUCUCGACACUCCAACAAGUCGGCGGAUUCGGUCGAUGUGGAUAUGGACGAUUCCGAUGGAGAGACUGGCACAGUCGAAGAGGGCCAGGCUUCGGACGAGGAAAGUAUUGGUGCCGAGGGAACACGAUCGGGCAAGAAGAAGAAGUCGCAGCGCUUUUACUGCACCGACUACCCGCCUUGUAACCUGAGCUUCACCCGGAUUAUGCUUACCGUAAUCAACAGGAAACAUACAGGUGAACGGCCCUUUCAGUGUCAUUGCUCGCGGCGCUUCUCGCGCCUGGACAACUUGAGGCAACAUGCGCAGACUGUUCAUGUCAACGAGAAUAUUCCCAUGGAUUCGCUGGCAGCUACCGGUUCUCGGUUCCAGCGUCAGAUGCGACCGGAUCGUGUACGGCAGGCUGGAAACAGAGCGCGGGCAUCUACUGGUGGAAGCGCUGGCGGGCCACAGCGAGGGCAUUCCAAGUCCUUGUCUACUUCUAGCAUCACGAGCGUUAGUUCUGUUGGCUCUGCAUAUAGCGUUCACGCCGAUGCUCGUCGAAGGCCCGCUCCUCUGGUGAUGGCUGACCCACGAUCGCGAUUGUCCCUGGAGUCGUAUCGAAGCGCUGCUGACAGCACCUAUUCGUCCUACCGACCUGCAUCUCCAAGCGACUUUGGGACACCGACCUCGUCCAACUUUUCGACUGGGCAGAGCAGCCCUCGAUGGGUCGCUGGGGUCAAUUCUCCCUCUUCUCACUCACGAUCCCAGAGCAUGUAUGCCCCUGGAACUCGAACUCCCGGCCGCCGACUGAGUGUUCCCUCUGGUGCUAACCCGUUCCAAUCACCAUCGGGCCUAGUUGUAGGAAGGCCAGUCUUUGGACCUGGUGGUGCUAAUGCUUCGAAUGUGGGCGCUUUCCCAUCAGCCAACGGUAUUGUUGCGUCCCCGAACGCUUCAACCGCUCCAUGGCCACCAAGGGAAACAAUGUCUGAGAGCGAAUGGCGUCGACGGACCUGGCACCCGGACAGCCGCAAUGUGAAUGGAAACCCCAGUCAGCUGAGCUCUGUCGUGAACCAGUCUUCGGUUCGCCCGAACCCGCCACCGCCGAUUGCGAAUCCCGCAACCUCCCAGUCGUCAUUCCGUCUUCCAGGUAUCGAGUCGUUUGACCCUAUUCCUCCUCGACCCGGAAGCCCUGCUAGGAGGCCGCCAUCACCCAUGGUUAUCGAUUCCGAGUCUCACCCACGAGCUGCCUACCAGCCGCAUCUUGUCGAGACACCCAUGCAGGACGAGAGACGGAAUCUCAACAUGUACGACGCCAGCCUGCAACGCGGUCUCAACCGUCUUGAUAUCAACCACAGCACUCCACCUCGGGAUAGCGCUGGAGCAUGGGCUUCUGAGGCAAACAAGGCAGUGCAGGCACAGGCCGAGCAAGUCCGACUUAACCCCCCAACUGUCCGGUUCGAGGACCAGCCUCCUCCAGCCUAUGCUGCUCCCAAGCCUGCUGUUGCAACGCGGGCUAUGCAUCAGCACACCAUGUCUGCUCCGUCCAUCACAUCACGGGACAGCAAGCGUCACGGUUGGUACCACGGGCCUGUCUCUGCUCAUCGAGAGGGCAGACCUCAAGAGCAGCCAGACCCUCGGGUGGCUCAUGUUGAUCGGAUGGUACACCCCAACUUUACCGGCUUUAGCGGGUUUCCUGUGAAGGAGUCGCCACAGCACCACCACCAACCACCUCCACCACAUCCCCAACAGCAGCAGCAAGGCCAGCCCCAACACCCGCAACAGCAACCAGGUCGACCCGGCAGUAACGACUCUCUGGGGCGCCUGGAGGCUCUGGUAGCUGUUGCAACGAGUGAAGGGUCAACCGCUGCGGCCUAUUAA